ACUCGCAGAUCUGCGCGCAGGUUGUUCGAGCGGCGAUGAAGCCCCAGUACAAAGCGGAGGCGGAGAGGGUGGCGAUGGCCAAUGUGAAAACCGUGAAGCCCAAGAAGGAAUAA